AUGCCCGAGAAGGACCCUCCUGUCAGCCAGCCCCCCGCGGCCUCUGACUGCGCCAUCGACGACUCGGACGAUGGCGACGAGAGCUACGUUGAGGCCCAACGCAUCCGCUCUGAGCAGAAGCAGAAGCGCCCUCAGACGGACUCUCUCCGUGUCCAGGAGAUUUUCCCCGUCCAUUUCAGCCCCCUCGUCCAGCCCUUGACCAGUUCGAGUGUCGAGUCGUGUGUCGUCCUCGAGAACGCUGCUUUCCCCAACCCGGACCAUCGCGCUACCAGAGAGAAGUUCGAGUACCGUCUUUCGACCUGCUCCGACAUCUGCUCCGGCAUUUUCUGCAGCAUCGUCCCCAGCGAAGCCAAGGACAAGGACUUUGCCCUGGAGACUCUGCCAGUGGCCAAUCCUGUCGAGACGGGCCGCGCCAACGGCGCCGUUCUCGCGCUUUGCGCCCACGUCGUCUCGACCCUUGGCAACGGACCCGUCGUCACAGAUGCCGACAUGAGCUACCCAGUCAACUGGCGCGACCAGGAGUCGUCCAAGUCGUCGGGUCUCGGCCAUCAAGUCAUGGGUCGCACCGUCUGUCUUCACUCGUUCGCCGUCGCGCCCAAGCUCCAGGGUUGCGGUCUGGGCAAGCUCAUGAUGAAGUCCUAUCUCCAGCAGAUCAACAACUCAGGCGUUGCUGACCGUGUGGCCCUCAUCUGCCAGGACUACCUUGUCAGCUAUUACAAGCGAUUCGGAUUCCGCCAUCUUGGCGAGAGCAGGGCAUCCUUUGCUGGAGGUGGAUGGAACGACAUGGUGAUUGAUCUCGCCGGCCCUCCCAAGAAGAGCACCGAGGCUCUCAAGGCCGUCGCCGACGAGACUCGUGCCCACGAGGCCAAGUGA